CACGCCGCCUUUCAGCUGUUUAAAAGCCGGCGCCGCGUCGCUCCGGAGCUCGGUUCUGGCAGCGCAGGGGACCCGGCCGCCAGCGACGCACUGAGGAGAGCCGUCGUCCUCGAAGCGGGAGGGCGGCUGCGAAAAGGGAGAGGGCGCAGAGGGGGGCCAUCGCUUCAGCCCCGUUCACCCGUCGGCGCGCCGAAGGACAGAAAUGCCUCCGCUCCGUAACUCGGCGAGCGUCGUCUUCAUCCUCAUUGUUCUGGGGGCGGCGCGGACGGGGGCCCGGCGUUCGGGCCCCUUCAAGGUCUGUCCCGGCUGCGGGGAUCCGCCGGCGGCGGCGAGGCCCCCGGGGGAGCGCGAGCCGGCCCAGGGGGAGCCCUGCGGCGUCUACACUCUGAGCUGCGCCAAAGGGCUCCGCUGCGUCCCGCCGCCCGGGGAGCGCAGCCCCCUGCAGGCUCUCUUGCGAGGCAGGGGCCUUUGUGUCAAGCAGAUCAGGACCGGUCCCACCGAGAGGCCCCACCCCACAGGUCCUCAUCCGUCCCGCAGCAGCGACAGUGAAAAAGCGCCGUGCCGCAAGCUGCUCAACAGCGUCCUGAGAGGCUUGCAGCUGACCAUCAUCCAGUCGCACCGCGACAUCUACAUCCCCAACUGCGACACCCGAGGCUUCUACAGACAAAAGCAGUGUCGCUCUUCCAAAGGGACGCAGCGCGGCCACUGCUGGUGCGUGGACGAGGCGGGCGCUCCGGUGCCCUCCCUGACCGGCGAGGACGCCGUUCCGCCGUGCGAAGGCGAGUGAGAGCCGAGCCUCCGCCAUUGUUCUGCGCCCGGAGGAAGAGGAGGAGGAGCGUUUGCUCGGGGAGUCGGAGGGGAGCUUGAGCGAGGGCUACAAUCGAUCGCCACUUGCCCGGACAAGAGGUAACGGGGAGAGUCAGACAGAGGGAGGGGGACUCGCAGCUCAGGCGUGCGCGUCCAGCUGCGUUGUCGGUCUACAAUGGCGCUCGCCCACGAUCUUGGCCGUCGGUGCCGGAAUACUUUCCUUGCCUCUUGCCCCGGCUUUCGGCUUCCAUUUAUAUUUACUUUCUCUUCUCAUCCCUACCUUGGAAUAGCUGACACUGCCUGUGUUUGUUGUGUUCUCAGUGGGCUGAAAUACUGUUACGCGGGUCAAGUGACACAAAGGUGUCUCCCUCACCAUCUUCUCUCCCUCUGUCUGAAGCUGCUCUCAACAAGCCGAUUCUCU